GAAAUCUCUUCCGAAUUUUUCGAGUCUGGUGUAGUAUUUCAUACUGCACGAUUACCAGAGAUAUACAACUAUCUGUUCUUGGAAUUUUCGUCCCAGCUUCCAGGUAGUCCCAAAAUGGAUAUGUGACGUCACACUAUUACGAUAUACUCCCUGCCGCACAGCCUGACGUAUACGUGUUUCUCUUUCAUCUUUACCAUGACCAUCUAUUACUCUCUCACUUUCUUCUUGCUUGCCGCAGAAAUGGGUACCUUUUGCCUCAUUGUUCUGCCUCUGCCACACACCGUCAAGAAGCGCGUUUUCAGCUUUCUAUCAACCUCGCCCUUUGUCGCAAAAAUCGCCUAUGCCUUGAAGAUAUCUUUCAUCUUCGUAGGAAUCUUAUUCUUCGAUGCUCUUCAACGAAUGUUCCGUGUUACCGCGGAAGCUGAGCUCGCAAAAUCGGGUCAGCAGGGUGUUUCGGACGUGCGCACAGAGACCAACCUUGCGGCACGUAAAUUCUACUCUCAAAGAAACGUGUACCUUACCGGGUUUACCCUGUUCUUGUCCCUCGUUCUCACGCGCACCUUUUCCAUCAUUCUCGAUCUCAUUCAAGCCCAGGACGAGUUGCUGAAACACAACGGCGAACUCGAUUCAUCGAAGGAGCUGGAGAAACUGCGAAAGAAAGCAGACGAAUCGGAUACCUUGAAGCGUGACUUAGAGAAGGCACACCGAGACCUCGAGACUCUCAAAUCCCAAGCUCUCUCUCAGGCAGCAGAGUAUGACCGCCUGUCCGAUGACUACAACAAGGCAUCCGGAUCGUCUCCCAGGAGCAAGUCAGAUUGAGUGGCACUCCUAGAAGUUCCAGUAUGCACUUCUACAAUCCUUUUCUUAUUGUCGCAGAACAGGAGAUGUACGAUGACAUUGUACAUAUGUGCAAUCGUGACUGAAGGAGUGGGAGAAUGAUAAUAGAAGAUUGGAUACAUCCGCACCUACAAAUGUAAAUAGACAACAACAAUCAUCUUGUCUCAAUCUUCUUCGAU